GCUCAUCCCUCCUCACGCCCUCCGUCAUUCUCUCCGCGACGACCACGACGCCUCCUCGGUAACGCCAACGCCAUCACCAACGCCACCUCUGACCCUCGGGUCACGAUCGCGCCUCACGACCGCCUCACCUCUCCCUCGCCAACUGGCCGCCGUUGACCGCGUCGCACACACUGAUUCGCGACACACACACGCUUGUUGAUCACCUCCAUCACAAACACACACACACUUGUUGAUCACCGUUGCGCCCAUCACGAACACAUGGCGUUCGACGCUUCAAACCCUCCCUUGCGCUCGGCCCCCACCUCCUCCUCACUCGUCGCCCCGCCUCUCCUCACGGAUCGAUCGGCGCCCGGCUCAAACUCGUCGCACUCGCUCUCAACGACUCUUGUCGUCACACCUGUAUCGACUCCUCCCUCCAAAUACUCGUACCCUCGGUACCCCGGGAUCGCCUCCACCAGUCCUCCGUCGGCGUUUGCCAACAAGAGGAACAGCAGUUCGAGCCUCCCCAUUGCCUCCAUCUUUGAGAGCGAGGAGCAGCGCUUCGACCUCUUGAAAACUCUCGACAACCCCAGAGCCGACCCCAAGGCCGAGCUUGACUGGGAAGUCAUUGAUUACGCGGACGCGCCCUACCCACCCGAGGUCAAGCGUUCGCGUAGUGCUCGACUUCGGAUCAACAAGAUGUCCAUGGCCGAGCCACCUCGUCCCCCGCCCAAGAAGUCAGGCGGCAGCUUUCUUCGCCGUCUGACUCAAUCCAACCAUCAUGGCCAGGACAAGCGUGCCCCAGCCCCAGAGGCCAAGCGCGCAUCUCCUCCUCAGCUGCCCCCUGUCACGGGCCCCGACUCGCGUCCCAUCUCGCUCAAUCUCAACAGCAUUGUGCCCGAGGUGACCGCGGGCAACCCCCAGGCGCGUCCUCUGCCAAACGGGAUCGACGCUCCCAAUGGCGUACGCGACGCGCACGCUCGGGCCUUGAGCCCAACUGGGCCAUCUCCUCCUGCCAAGCAGUUUGGUGGCGUUUCGUCGCCAUCAGGCUACCCCUCUCGACCUCCUCCCAACUCCUCUCUCCCUCCAGGCGCCGCAGCGCCCGAGCACGGUGCCAUCUCCCCCAGUCAACAGAGGCCUGCGGAAAAUCGGUCGAGUUUCAGAGUUCAAGGACGCCCAGACCGCACAGCUUCGAUCGCCGCCUGGACCCCAGCCGCAGAGUAA